UGACAUACAAUAGAGAUUGAACUACAAUUGGUGAAGCUUCAGUUGGCUGAACCAAAAAGGGAUAGGUGGAAGAUAACCAAGGAUCAGUGAAGAUUUUGAUAUUGUCUCCUGUGCCAAUUCUCCAGUGGAGUCCUUUUUCAAGAACUUUUCUUCCUUGCAGAAUACUUUGCCAACUCCAAGAAAAAAAAGAUGGAAAUUGUCACUGCUGUUGCUGGAAAAGUUGUAGAUCUCACAGUUGUUCCUAUUGGACGUCAACUUGGUUACCUAAUCUUCUACCGCACCGAUGUCAACAAACUCAAAACCAGUGUUGAGAAGUUGAAAGCAAAGAUCGAUGACACCAACAUCUCUGUUGAAGCAGCUAAACAAAAUGGUGAAACUACUCCGUUUCCUUCUGUCCAGAAAUGGAUUGAGGAUGCCGAAGAAACUGUUGCUGAUGCAACUGCACUGAUACAAAAGGAAGCCCAAGGAGAAGGUAGCUGCUUGAAGUGGCCAUUUCCAAACCUAUGUAAAAGAUACAGUUUGAGCAGGGAAGCAAAAAAGUUGGAAAGAGAUGUUUCCAAUGCCAUGUUAGAGGGAAAAUUUGAGAAAUUGUGUUACCGUUCUCGUCCUGAAAUGUCACUCCCUCCAUCUUCUAGAGAUUAUGAAGCGAUGUGGUCAAGAACGUCAACGCUGGAUGAAGUUAAGCAGGCAUUAAAGAAUCCUGGCAUGUGUAUGGUUGGGGUGUAUGGCAUGGGUGGAGUGGGUAAGACAACACUGGCAAAAGAGUUAGCUUGGCAAGCAGAGAAAGAAUGUUUAUUUGGUGUUGUGGUUAUGGCUGUUAUAACCAGUACCCCAAACUUGAGAGGCAUCCAAGGCCAACUUGCUGAUGGAUUGGGUUUGAAAUUUGAUUCUGAGACUGAAGAAGGCAGAGCAGCAGAGUUAUGUAAAAGGAUACACGGGGAGAAGAGUAUUCUUGUUAUUCUUGAUGACAUUUGGGGUGAGCUUGAUUUGACAAAGGUGGGGGUUCCUUAUGGUGAUCAACACAAAGGAUGCAAGUUGGUGCUAACGGGUAGAGAUCUUAAUGUGCUGCAUAGGAUGGGUACUCAAACAGAUUUUCCACUUGGAGUUCUGUCUGAAGAAGAAAGCUGGAGUUUGUUUGAGACUAUGGUGGGUGAUGUUGUUAGACACGACAGUAUAAAACCCAUUGCAGUUGAGGUUGCCAAAUGCUGCUUUGGUUUGCCCCUUUUGAUUGUUACCGUAGCAAAAGCUUUGAGGAAAAAGGAGGAUGAAAAAUAUUGGAAGGAUUCCCUGAAGAAAUUAAGGAAAUUUGAUCCUCAAAAGUUUCAUAAAAGUGUCUACGACAGCUUGGAGUUUAGUUAUGAUUGUUUAGAGAAUGAGGAACUGAAGUCACUUUUCAUGCUAAACGGUUCUUUGGUGGAUUGUUUCUCCAAAUCUGAUGGUAGUUUCAACACUCAAAAACUGCUUCCAUUUUGUUGGGGGUUAGGCUUAUAUAAAGAUGUGCACACGUUGCUAGAAGGAAGAAACAGGCAUCAUGCAUUGGUAAAUGACCUUAUUGCUUCUUCAUUAUUGCUUGACAGUGGAACGGAAGGUGUUAGAAUGCAUGAUCUUGUUCGUGAUGUUGCUAAAUUAAUUGCUUCUAGAACUUUUCCUACUUUUGAUGAGCAAGAGUUCCGUAAUAUCAACAAAUGGCCUAAUGAAGAUCAACUUCAAAAGUAUCAUCACAUUAUUUUGCCACAUUGUCGUAUUAGUAAGUUUCCUGAUGAGAAAUUGGAGUAUCCAAACUUGAAACUAUUUUUCCUUCAAUCAGUGGUUGGCAAACUGAAUGUCCCGGAUAACUUCUUCUCAGGGAUGAGAGGAGUAAAGGUGCUUCAUUUUGAUAUUGGAUAUUAUGCUUUCCAUCCCCUACCUUCAUCUCUUCGACUCUUGGCAAACCUCCGCUCAUUAAAGCUAUCUGGACAUUUUGAAGGCUUGGCAAUGAUAGGAGAGCUCACAAGUUUAGAAAUUCUUGAGUUAAAGGAUAAAGUAAUCAAGGAGCUUCCAAAAGAAAUAGGACAUCUCACUCAAUUGCGGUUGCUCAAUGUUAGAAGGUGCGAAAGGCUAAGGCUCAUCCCCAAAAAUCUUUUAUCAAACUUGAAGUCGUUGGAAGAGUUGUAUAUGUGGGAUUGCAAUAUUAAAUGGGAGGCUGAAGGAAGCAACAAGAGCAGUAACAAUGCAAGUCUGUAUGAGCUGAAGAAUUUGCACAAGCUAGCAACUCUGGAAUUAAAAGUUGAACAUGGUUCACUUUUGCCAAAUGACUUGCAUAACUUGGCAAAUCUGGAAGGAUUCAAAAUAAUUAUAGGCUCAUCAAAGAACAAUUAUAUGAAUAGUUACCCUGUAUGGCCAAGAUCACUUAUACUUAAGGGUGCUUCAACCGCAUACAUUUUACAGAAUGAUGUGGUUAAAGUGUUGUUGUCUUCAGCUGAGUACUUGGACAUAUAUGAUUUGGAAUGCCUUGAAGAUAUCUUUCCUGGACUGCAUGGGGAUGGUUUUGCGGAAUUAAGAUCUAUGAGCAUAAGAUGUACAGGUUUGCGGUGUAUAAUUAACUCAAAUUUCAACCAUUUCCAACUUACAUUCCCUAAAUUGGAAAAAUUGAAUUUGGACACGCUGAAUAAUAUGAAAGAAAUAAGCCAUGGUCCAUUUCCCAGUCACUCUUUUCACGCACUGAAAUCUAUUGUUGUUUCAAGGUGUGAUGUGUUAAACCAUAUAUUCUUGUGGUCUCAGAUAGGACACCUUUCUCAACUUCAAAAUAUGGAAAUUUCUGAAUGUCAAUCUAUGCAAGAGAUUGUAGCUGGUGGAAUGCUUGAGAUGGAAAAUAUUGUGCUCCCUCAAUUGCGUUCUGUUUCCCUGAAAAGCUUACCUAGGCUUGUUAGUUUUUCUUCAGUCCCUAUGACAAGUGAUGAUAUGGGAUUCGUUCCUGUGGCACUAUUUGACAAUAAGGUUGCAAUGCCCAACAUUGAAACCAUGGUAUUGUUUGAGAUCAACAUAUAUAAGGUGUGGGAUGACGGUCUUCCGAUGCACCAUUCUUUCAUGAAAAACUUGACAAGUUUGACAGUUGAGGGGUGUGAAAACUUAAUAACUUUAUUCCCAUCCUCAGUGGCUACAGCACUUCAGAAACUGCAUCAUCUUAAAAUCAUGUCUUGCCCAUCUCUAGAGCAAAUAUUUGACCAAGAAGAAGAUCUGGAAAAUCACCGUUCAUCGCUUGAACAGGUCAUGCUUCCAAACUUGAAGAUAAUAGAAGUUCAGGAUUUGCUCAACUUGAAGUCACUAUGGGCCAAUCAUAUGUCUCCAAAUUCAUUGCACAAGCUAUGCAAAAUGAGGAUCAUAAAUUGCCCCAAGUUGAUUAAUGUAUUCCCAUCUUCAGUGAUAAAGCGCCUAAUAAAUCUGGAGACACUGCUAGUUACCAAGUGUGGUGAAUUACAAGUUAUAUUUGAAAUACAAGAGCCAAGUACAGAUACUACCAGCCAGCAACAGGGACUACCAACUCGUUUGAGAACACUGGAUUUGAGUUUUCUUCCAAAGCUAAAAUACAUAUGGAGUAAAGAUCCUCAUGGAAUUCUAAGCUUUCAGAAUCUCUGUGAAGUCAGAGUCUUCGAUUCUCAAAGCCUGGAACAUGUCUUCCCAGUAUCUAUGGCCAACGAGACUCACCAAUUCAAAGUGCUUGAAAUAUAUUGCUGCGGGGUAGAGAAUAUUUUUGAUAAGAGUGAAUUUGGCAGAUUGAAGGAUGCUCAUAUUGAGGUAUUGACAUUGAAUAGUUGUGAUCAUUUGAAAAAUAUAUUCCCGUCCUCUGUGAAUUUUCAAAAUUUGGAUGGGUUAUAUGUGGAAUGGUGCAAGGAACUAGUAAACAUCAUGACCCCAUCGAUGGCCGCGAGUUUGACGAGCCUUCGAGUUUUGAAUAUAUCUGAGUGUGACAUGAUAGAGGAGAUUAUUGCAAGUGACCAUAAUAAUAAUGCUGAUGUUGAUGAUGAUGGCGAUGCACUGAGUGAGAUUGCUUUUAUGAAAUUGGAGAAAUUGGAAUUGUCCAACUUACGAAGCCUCAAGUGCUUUUGCAAAGGAACUUACAGCUUCAAGUUUCCGUCACUUCAUAGUGUAACUGUACGGUAUUGUCCCAUGAUGGAGACUUUCUGUGAUGGAAACUCAAAACUCUAUGCACCAAGGCUCACAGAGGUAAUCUCAUCACGGGGCAUAUACGAAUAUGACACACCUCAACGCCGUUGGGACGGUGACCUUAAUACUACUAUACGAAAUAUUUUUAUCCACAAGGCUCAGGCUCGCUUAGUCGCUUGACAUGCCAAAGUUCAGAGCAAGAUUUGAGUCUGCUGCCAUGAGUCUUUUUUUUUUUCGGUCUUGGUGCUGCCAUGAGUCUGAAGAUAUGGAAUGCUACUUAUAGUCCUCACUCACAUCAUGAUAAAUAUUCAUAUCAUGGUUAUUGAAUAGUAUUUUGGUAAUAUAAAUUAAGGAACAAAUUAUCUUAAUCUUGUUUGAGAGAAAAAUGUAUAUUUAUAAAUAAAAAAAUAGUAAUUGAUAGGAAUAUUUUAAUUCUUUUUUUGUUUUGAGACA